AUGUCGUACACCUCCUACACAGACGCCAGACUAUUCCACACAUCCUCUUCCAAACCUCGCAAGACCCUCCGCUCACCCCAACGCAACAUAGCCUUCCGAAACCAGUAUAUCGCCGAGACAAAAACAGUCCUCGUGCUCAAACCAUUCGGAAGCCCCCACUCCGCAUUCGCAUAUAAGAUCACCGAGGAUGACGGCACACCCACGUUCACCGUGAGCGGUCGCAAAUACGGCGAUCGCUCAUGUCGAGAAUUCCGCGAUGCCUCAGGUCUCCCAUUAUUCGAGCUCCAUCGGAAAUGGGGCUGGACGAUAUCCUGGUCGGUCAGUUUGCCCGGAUGCGACACGGCGACGAUAGCAACGGGUACGCCACGCGUGGGUGGAUUUGGCGGUUCAUCUGGGAAUUUGAAUCUCAAUUUUGAGAACGCUGCUGCCUUUGAGGCGAAGCGGGUUGAUGAGAAGAUGCUUACUUUAAGGGUUGAACGGCAUGGGAAUGCAUUGGCGGCGUUUGACGUUGUUGAUGGGGAUCGGAAGGUUGCUGAGAUCAAAGAGAGUAUUCAGCAUAAUGAGAAAUUGGCUUUGAUUUCUAGGCAGGGGUGGCGGCCUGCGCUGGAUGUUAUUGUAAUGCCUGGCGUGGAUAUCUCGUUGGUUGCGACUAUUGCAGUCAUUGUAUCUGACUGGGUGUUUGGGUCGAAGUAA